CAUGAUUGAAACGGGAGCCCCACCACACAAUGUGUCCCCCUCCUGAUGGAUGGAUGACUUUUUCAUUCAGUGGGCUUUCGAGCUCAAAGAAUAGGCAAAACCACUAGCUCCAAUGGUAAUCAGCCACCCCCUCGUCUCCUUCGUCCCGCUUUCUUCAUCACAUCACUCUCAAGUCUCAAGUCUCAUCUCUCAACCCACCUCCCCCUUCAAUCCCUACCUUAUUCACCUCCCACCAUGCAAUGCACCCCAUCCUACUCAAUCCUACCGACAUUAAUCCCUUCCUUCUCUGUUUCCACCUCUUCCUAAUUUACACGCUAUAUCUCACUCACCCCAUCCAAGUUUCACAAUAAACCCCCCCCGCCUGAGAGAUUGAUCAGAAUCCAUGGAGGAGGAGACUAGGACGGUGUUUGGUAAGUACGAAAUAGGUCGGCUUCUGGGCAAAGGCACUUUCGCCAAGGUGUAUUACGCCAGACAUAUUGCUACAGGGGAAAGCGUCGCCAUCAAAAUCCUGAAGAAGGAGCAGGUCAGGAAGGAGGGCAUGAUGGAGCAGAUCAAGCGAGAGAUUUCCGUCAUGCGAUUGGUUCGUCACCCCAACGUGGUUGAGCUCAAGGAAGUGAUGGCCACCAAGACCAAAAUUUUCUUCGUCAUGGAGUACGUCGGCGGCGGCGAGCUCUUCGCCAAGGUCUCCCGAGGCAAACUCAAGGAAGACGUCGCUCGCAAGUACUUCCAGCAGCUAAUCAGCGCCGUCGAUUUCUGUCACAGCAGAGGAGUAUCGCACCGGGAUCUCAAGCCCGAAAAUCUGUUGCUGGACGAGAACGAGAAUCUCAAAAUCUCCGACUUCGGCCUCUCGGCGUUGCCUGAACAGCUCCGGCACGACGGACUCCUCCACACCCAGUGUGGGACUCCGGCCUAUGUCGCCCCCGAAGUGUUGAGAAAGAAAGGGUACGAUGGGUCCAGGGCUGAUAUAUGGUCGUGCGGCGUCAUUCUGUAUGCAUUGCUCGCCGGGUUUCUUCCUUUCCGGAACGAGAACCUCAUGAGCAUGUACACCAAAGUUUUGAGAGCCGAAUUCCAAUUUCCUCCGUGGUUUUCUGCGGAACCGAGGAGAUUGAUUUCGAAAAUCCUCGUGGCUGACCCGGACAGACGGGCCACCAUCCCAGCAAUCAUGCGGGUCCCAUGGUUUCAGAAAGGUUUCUCGAGGCCAUUCGCUUUUCAACUAGAGCAACCCGUUCCGGAGAAAGCCGGCGAUAAAGAGCUGCAGAAACCAGAACUUGCAAGCCCAACAACGAAAUCUUCAUCGCCCAAGUUUUUCAACGCGUUCGAGUUCAUCACGUCCAUGUCUUCGGGGUUUGAUCUGUCCGGGCUGUUCGAGAGCAAGAGGAAAACAGGAUCGAUGUUCACAUCCAAAUGCUCUGCCACGGCAAUCGUAUCGAAGAUCGAGACGGUGGCGAGAGGUCUGAAUUUCAAGGUGGGGAAUGAGAAGGGUUUCAAAAUCAGGCUGCAAGGCCCGUCGGAGGGCAGGAAAGGGAGGCUGACCGUGACGGCGGAGGUGUUCGAGGUGGCAGCGGAGGUCUCGGUGGUGGAGUUGUCAAAGAACUCCGGCGAUACUCUGGAAUAUGCUAAGUUUUGUGAGGAGGAUGUUAGGCCGUCGCUGAAAGACAUAGUUUGGACGUGGCAGGGCGAGAACAUCGGUGGUGGUUACGGAGGAGAAUCUCAGGAACACGUAAUCAGCAACGCAGCAUAGAAACAGAGUAGUCAAAUGCUGACAAUUUUUCCUUUCCUCAAUGUUUGACAUUUGCGUCUCCGGUCUCCGACUUGAUUUUGCGCUUUUAUUUAUUAUCCUUGAUUUCGUGAAAAGAGAGAAAAAUGGCGGUAUUGGUGAGGUUGUAUAUAAAUGUAAAUAUGUGAAGUUAUUCAUGUUGAUUAGCCUACA